CAUGAUGUUGUUUUCUCAAGGGAGCCCACAUGUUUUCCCUAAGUCACCCCCAAUCGCUAUUUCACUAGAUCUUCGUGUUUAAUUUCCUCAUUUCAUUAUCAUCACCACUUUCACCAGUCCAAGCCUCACCGACUGUUUCCAAGGUUUUCAGUUGUCUAAAACCCCAAAUUCCACACACACCCCUUUGGGGAUUUUGUUGCCUCUAUUUUUGUAGCUCUCUCUUUCAGAUUUCUAGGUGUUGAAUUGUGGUGGGGAUUGGAAGAUUGAGGCGGUUGGGUUUCUGGAAGUAUUGCCAUUUUAUUACUUUGUUGAGUCUGUGGUUUCGAGUUUUGCCACUGUGGGAUGGCGACGUAUGCAGCGACACAUUUUAAUUUUUCGGAUACUCGGAACCCGGUUGGGGUCCUGACAAGAGUUGGAGGUAGAGUGUUGGUGGAGAAGCACUUGGAAAGAGUUAAAAGUGCGAGAAUGCUGCCUGAAGGCAAGUUUGGGUUUGUGGGUGCUGUCCAUAAGUCGAGUUUGCGUCAGUUUAAGUGCUCAGCUAACUCUCACAGUGCGGGUUCGUAUCCAAAUAAGGACCCUUUUCUGAAUCUACACCCUGAAGUUUCUAUGCUUAGAGGUGAGGGCAAUAAUACGACCAGCCAUUUGAGGAAAGAUAAUUCCGGUGGGAGUGCGAGUGAGAGCUUGAGUGAGAAAUCUUCUCCAAAUAGUUACAAUGAGGCAAAGAUUAAAGUUAUUGGUGUUGGUGGUGGAGGGUCAAAUGCAGUCAAUCGUAUGAUUGAGAGUGCAAUGAAGGGAGUGGAAUUCUGGAUUGUUAACACUGAUGUCCAAGCCAUGAGAAUGUCGCCUGUAUUUCCUGAGAACCGCUUACAAAUCGGUCAAGAGCUUACCAGGGGUCUUGGUGCUGGUGGAAACCCAGAUGUUGGUAUGAAUGCUGCCAAAGAAAGCAGGGAAUCCAUUGAAGAAGCACUAUAUGGGUCAGACAUGGUAUUCGUUACGGCUGGAAUGGGAGGAGGAACUGGCACUGGUGGUGCUCCUGUAGUUGCAGGUGUUGCAAAAUCAAUGGGCAUAUUGACAGUUGGUGUUGUGACCACCUCUUUCUCUUUUGAGGGACGAAAAAGGGCAGUUCAAGCUCAGGAAGGCAUUGCAGCUUUGAGAGAGAAUGUCGACACACUGAUAGUCAUUCCAAAUGACAAGUUGUUGACUGCAGUUUCCCAGUCUACCCCUGUAACAGAGGCAUUUAAUCUAGCUGAUGAUAUUCUACGCCAAGGUGUUCGUGGUAUCUCUGAUAUAAUCACGAUCCCGGGGCUGGUAAAUGUUGACUUCGCUGAUGUAAGGGCUAUAAUGGCAAACGCAGGUUCUUCAUUGAUGGGGAUAGGAACUGCAACUGGGAAGACAAGGGCAAGAGAUGCUGCGUUAAAUGCCAUUCAAUCACCUUUAUUAGAUAUUGGUAUAGAGAGAGCUACUGGAAUUGUCUGGAAUAUAACUGGUGGAACUGAUUUGACACUCUAUGAGGUAAAUGCUGCAGCUGAGGUUAUAUAUGAUCUGGUAGAUCCAACAGCAAAUCUAAUAUUUGGAGCAGUGACAGAUCCAUCACUCACUGGUCAAGUCAGCAUCACUCUAAUUGCUACUGGUUUCAAACGCCAAGAAGAAAGUGAUGGGAGACCACUCCAGGCACAAGGAGAAAUCACUCUUGGAAUCAAUCGAAGACCUUCCUCCUUCACUGAAGGUAGUGCAGUUGAGAUUCCCGAUUUCUUGAAGAAGAAAGGACGCUCGCGUUAUCCAAGAGUUUGAAAUGCUUCCUUUCCCAUGAGUGCCUUGUCUGAGGCCUUUCAGCCUCUUCAGUACCACAUCAGCAUCAACCGGAGGGAUUUAAGGAUUUAAGUACGCCGCUGUAGAUACUAGAUGAUAGAUCCUCAAGUAGUACUUAGUAGCGGUUUCUAGCCUUCAUAUAUUAACGCACACUCGAUUGAGUAUUAUGUCUGCUCCCUUUUGUUCCCAGAAUAUCUGAAUAAAAGCCAUUGGUGUGUAUAGAGGUUUUCCAUCUAGGAGUGAGGUUUACCAUCUGAGGAAAUGAGAUCGAACUUGUGGAGAAAAGCAUGCAUGGCUUUCCUUCAGUGAAAAAUCUUCGUUGUUUACAUAAUUUCUGAUUUUAAUAUAAGCUUUAAUUUUGUCUC